AUGGACAAAAUCGGCCUGGUGACGACCAUCAGAGACGACCAGCUCUUGCUCUUGAACAAAGAGAACGCAACCUUUGCGCCGCCGAGUCGACGGCCGAGUCCGCUUUAUCUGCUCUCCUUUCAUCGCGAUCGGAUCCUCGCCGCUGCGCAAGCGGCCGGCCGGUCAUGCAAGGAACUUGAAGGUGACAAGGGUCUGGAGCUCCUUGCCUGCAAAAUCCAAAGUCAUAGAAAGAGUGCUAAUAGGGACGUUGAGGAUGCGCUAAAGGUUCGCAUCGUGCUGUCCGCCAGCAAUGCCCUUGAUGUGACAUCGACGCUUGUCCCGUCCACGCCCCAGAGCGCACUGUUCCCCAAAUCUCUGAGUGAAAUUUUCAAGUCCAAACCGACUUACCGUAUCUAUAUCUCGCCCAUCAAGACUAAACCUAGCCUCUACACUCGUUUCAAGACCACGGAGCGAAGCGCAUACGACAAGGUCCGCUCCGUUUUGCCAAAGUCAAAUCCUGAUAGCUUGCUCACGGAGAUCCUUCUGAUCAACGAGAAGGGAGACAUCAUGGAAGGCAGCUUCACCACUCCCUACUUCAACCAUGGCGGCUGGAUCACGCCCGCCAAGAGCUCAGGCGGAAAUCUCGGAGUCACCAGGCGGUGGGCACUGGGCAAGGGCCUUUGCGAAGAGGGUCUGGUGAACAUGAAUAGUGUCCAGGCAGGCUCGCUUGGGGAAAGAAUCAUCCUCAGUAACGGAGCUAGAGGCUUUGGAUGGGGAAGGGUGGAGCCGCUUGUAGAUCUAUGA